AUGAAGGCUGUGCUCGCCAUUGGGACCUCUCCAUCAAUCUUAGGCAGUUUGUUCUCCCAUCUAGCGGCAGUAACCGGCUCGAAUGAAACCCGAUCUUUUGACGAGAGGAAAUCCAGUGUCUCCUGGGGCGGGGGCGGAAUUGAUAUCGACAACGAUUAUUUAGCAAAUCUCAGACUUUGCGGAAACUCGCUUCAAAACUCUCACCGGCCUCGGCUGGUCGCCUGGUGGACGGAACUAGUUGGGACCCGCUGGGUCCCGCCGCCUGGUCUCGUUCUCGGACUCAUUAUCUGGGAGUGCGAGGAGGCCCUGGUUCGGACCAACCAAGGUCAGCAGCUUUAA